UGUGUCACCUGAUCCCGGCUCGGAGGGACAAUGGCGGCGCCCGUGCUGUGCCGUUUAUGCCCUGGAAGGCGUUGGUCUUUAGCCUAUAUUAACCGCGGUUCUCGCCACGAAACAGGGACACCGACUGGGUCCAGGUCCAGCGGGAAAAGGGGACAGAGCUCAGGGGUUCAGCAGCCCCUCAUCACGGCCGAGAAGCCGAGGAAAGGUGAACAUGAAUGGGCAGCUGUAGUAGGUUUGGAAAUUCAUGCCCAGAUUUCCUCCAACUCUAAACUUUUCUCUGGAUCUCAAGUGCACUUUGCAGCACCUCCAAAUUCUUUGGUGUCUUUUUUUGAUGCAUCUCUGCCUGGAACUUUGCCGGUUCUCAACAGGAGGUGCGUCGAGGCAGCAGUGAUGACAGGCCUGGCACUGAACUGCCGCAUAAACAAGAAGUCCUUGUUUGACAGGAAGCACUACUUCUAUGCAGACCUCCCUGCAGGCUACCAGAUUACCCAGCAGAGACUCCCGAUCGCUGUGAAUGGGAGCUUGGCCUACAGCGUCUUUGUGGGGAAGAAGCCGAGUCAGCUGAUCAACAAGACGGUGAGGAUCAAGCAGAUCCAGCUGGAGCAAGACAGUGGCAAGAGCCUCCAUGAUGACCGGCGGUCUCAGACGCUCAUCGACUUGAACCGAGCGGGAGUUGGCCUUCUGGAAGUGGUCUUGGAGCCAGACAUGUCCUGUGGAGAAGAGGCGGCCACAGCAGUCAAGGAGCUGCAGCUGAUACUUCAAACCUUGGGGACCAGCCAGGCAAACAUGGCAGAGGGCCAGUUGAGAGUGGACGCCAAUAUAUCUGUGCAUCACCCUGGGGAGCCUUUGGGUGUUCGAACGGAAGUGAAGAACCUCAACAGUGCCAGGUUCUUGGCCAAAGCAAUAGACUAUGAAAUCCAGAGGCAAAUCAAUGAACUUGAGAACGGAGGUGAAAUUCUGAAUGAAACUCGCUCGUUCGAUUACAAACUGGGGUGCACCGUGCCAAUGAGAGACAAAGAAGGAAAACAAGACUACAGAUUUAUUCCCGAGCCCAACCUGCCUCCCCUGCUGCUCUACGACUCAGUGUCCCUGCCUGCUGGCGCAGACCCACAGCAAGUGAUCGAUAUUGACCAGAUUCGGAAGCGGCUCCCCGAACUCCCCAGCGUGACCCGGGAGAAGCUCAUUCAACAGUAUGGGAUGCUGCCGGAGCACAGCCUCACCUUACUGAAUGAAGCUGGCCUACUGGAGUUCUUCCAAAAUGUGAUGAAAGAAACUAGAGCAGAGCCCAAAAAAGUGACGAGUUGGGUCCUCAACACUUUUCUGGGUUUCUUAAAGCAACAGAACCUUGCUGUCAGUGAGAGUCCUGUCACUCCUUCUGCACUGGCCGAGCUUCUCAACCUGCUGGACAGGAAAGCCAUCUCUUCGUCUGCAGCUAAACAGGUGUUUGAGGAACUGUGGAGGAGCAAAGGGAAGACUCCAGCGCAUAUUGUUUCAGAAAAAGAGCUUGGACUGCUGCAGGAUCGAGAGACACUGGAACAGCUUUGCCAGGCCACAAUGGAGGAGCAUCCGCAAGUGGUGAUGGACAUGAAGAAGGGAAACCCCAGAGCCAUAAAUAAACUGAUUGGGUUGGUCCGAAAAGCGACUCUCAGCCGAGCAGAUCCGACUGUGAUAAAGGAGAUACUGGAGAAGAAGCUGUAGCCAUGAGAUGAUUCGGGUCCCCCUGUCUGAGGGAGAACCGUGCAGCCAUGACCGGAGCCUGUGAGACCUGACGUCCCAGCCUCGCCCAGUCCCUGUGCCAAGCCGGAGCCUGACAGCACACUUGACCCUGUGCCCUGGGGUGCCACCUCUACAAGACCAGCAACCUCACCCGUGUGUGUGCGUCCUGACGUCAACAUGGCUCCAUUCUAGCUGCGGCAGAGGUAAAGAAAUAGCACAUUCUAGCACUUAAUAAUUCUGAACUAAAUGAAACAUACUAUUUCAAAUACUGUUACCUUUCUAAGAAAACUUCAUUGUGCAGUUCCUUCAACUGUUUCUGGGCCCAUCCUAAAGCCAGCAUUGUUGCAGGUGCUGGGGACGAGCAGCGAUCCAGACACCAGAGUCCGGAUGCAGUGUUUCGGACCUAAAAUUAGGUUAAUGAAGAGGCAGACAGAGCAAAAUAAAUUCAUUGACACAGCGCGAACAUAUGUGUGUUUAGGGAGGUCCCUGAGGGCAGAGCAGGAGGAUGUCAGUCAUAGUAUUAGGUAUUUGUACUGUUCACCCAGCCACUGAAAGCGACGCUGCUCAUUCGACUCCCAGUGGGUCCCAAGUCUGAGGCAGAGGUCUGAGAAUAAAUGAAUUUCUUUUUUUUUUGUAAAAUAGACAACAGAAGUUUUCAAAUAAAUUUAAUGAAUAAAAUAUAUACUGAAAUAUCACAUAAAAAAUUAACUUACACUUCAAAGAUUGUGCAGUUGACAGUCUCCUCCCCCCCCCCCCAACCUCAGGCCAAAAACAGAUAAAGAGAAGAAUAAACUGUAACAUUAAAUUGAUUUGUUUUGCCUGGAAAGAAUAAGAUUAUAAACUAGUAAAUCAAAAUCUUGACCUUUAACAGUAAUUGUGAUGCAGCUAACUGUGUGUCCAUGAAGGCUGGGUCUCUUCACCCUGUUCUCAUGACAAUAAUACUAUUUCUCUCAAUCA